AUGAUGAUGAUGAUGAUGACGAUGAUGAUGUGCACCAAUCAGACGCCUCCUCCGGCAUGCGGGGCUUGGGGGGAGUGGGCGGAGCCUGAGACCAGAGAUGUCCUGGCGAUGAUGGUGUCCACUGCAGAGGACAACGGCGUGUUGCUGUACAACGGGGACAACGAGCCCAUCGCCGUGGAGCUGCACCAAGGUCACGUCAGGGUCACCUACGAUCCCGGGAACCAGGCCGCCGCCGCCAUCUACAGCACGGAGACGGUCAAUGACGGCCGCUUCCACACUGUGGAGCUGCUGACCUUCAACCAAAUGGUCAACCUGUCGGUGGACGGCGGCCAGCCCACCACGCUCGACAGUCGGGGGCGGAGCCAGGCGGCCAUGGUGGAGGCCCCCCUCUAUGUGGGAGGUAUGCCGGAGGAGGUGAUUCCCGCCUCCCUGUCUCUGUCCUCGCCCAGCGCCAACGUGUCCAACGUGUCCAGCUUGCACGGAUGCAUCCGGAACCUUUACAUCAACCACGAGCUGCAGGACUUCACGCGCGGGCACAUGAAGGCGGGCGUGGUGCCAGGAUGCCAGGCCUGCAGGAAGCUCUUCUGUCUGCACGGCGUCUGCCAGCCCAACGAAGCGCAGGGACCUGAGUGUCUCUGCCAGUCUGGUUGGAGCGGGCCACACUGUGACCAGCCAAUCACAGGAGGCCACACUGGGGCAGUGGGCGUGGCCUCCACAGCAGCUGCUGUGGGUCCAUGUGAAGGCAGCAAGUGAGUGUGACGUCAUCAUCAUCUUCCUCGUCAUUGUCAUCAUCAUCGUCAUCUUCAUCAUCACCACAAAAAUCAACAUCAUCAUCUUCCUCAUCAUAAUCAUCAUCAUCAUCAUCAUCAUCAUCACCUCAAUCAUUAUCAUCAUCAUCAUCUUCCUCAUCAUCACCACAAUCAUCAUCAUCAUCAUCAUCUUCCUCAUCAUCACCAUAAUCAUCAUCAUUAUCUUCCUCAUCGUCAACAUCUUCAUCAUCAUCAUCACCACAAUCAUCAACAUCAUUAUCAUCAUUGGCAUCAUCAUCUUCCUCAUCAUCACCAUAAUAUUAUCAUCUUCCUCAUCAUCAUCACCUCAAUCAUUAUCAUCAUCUUCCUCACCACCACAAUCAUCAUCAUCCUCAUCGUCAACAUAAUUUUCCUCAUCAUCACCACAAUCAUCAUCAUCAUCAUCAUCAUUGGCAUCAUCGUCUUCCUCAU